AUGGAUGCCACCAACGCCACUGCUAGCAGUGGCACCAGGUUUGAUUCGACUGCGAACGAACGCAUAACGUUACUUGACGACCUGAACAACCGCAGUCUUUUCGAUAAUGCACCUCGACGAGACGCAAAAUCGACUACAAUUCAAGGGUUGAGAAAUUUAAAUCCAUCAUUACCAGUAAAGGCUACUUGGAGUAAGCGCCUUAUGAUACGGGAAACAGGAAACAGGAAACGGGAAACGGGAAAUAGAAUGAGCGGCUAUUUCACCCUCAUACAAUUCCAACACACAAAGCUUCCUGCUCCCACCAGACGCCGGCCCACGGCUCAGCAAAUGCGUCGAGGCUUAAUCGCAAAGCGCCGGCUAACGCUUAUUCGAAAGUGUGAAGAGCUUCGAAAACUCGGCGCCCGAGUCUAUCUGGUGAUGGAAACAUCAAGCCGUUACCAUGUGUACAGCUCUGAAUCUUCCGAUUCCUGGCCGCCUACGGCUGAUCGUCUGGAGAAAAACUAUCCCGUUCCACUCCAGUACAGCCCAGAAUGUCUUGCUCCGAAAAUGUCCUCUGGUCUAUAG